CACCUAUAUAAAAACGAUUCUCACGUUGUGAAGGUCAGUUUACGUCCUGCCUCGCACACCGCUGGCGCUACAGGACAGACAACGACAUCUGGCACAUUUUGUCUUAAAACACAAAAUGGGGGCGAUGAAAGAUGAUGGGCGUUUGAGACAGGCAGUAUACAAUGGAGAUAUCAAGACUCUGAGGGAAAUGAUUUCCAAUGGUGCUGAUCCAAGAAUUAAAGAUAAUGAAGGUACAUCCAUUUUAAUGGAUGGAGCACGCUUUGGACAUUUGGAAAUGGUUAAGUUCUUGGUAGAGGAGGUUUGCAUUCCACUGGAAGAAUGUGAUAAGAAUGGAAACACAACCCUCUUGAGUGCUUCAUUACCAUCAUACCCAAAUCUUGAGGUUUUGCAGUACCUGGUCUCAUCUGGAGCUGAUCUCCAGGCUAGAAAUUUUAUGGGUGAGACGGCACUGCACAUUGCUUCUCGCUCUCAGUCCCUGGAAACUUUUAAAAUUCUGCAGCAGUCAGGUAUUCCAAUUGAUUCUCAGGACCUCCAAGGAAAAACUGUUCUUCAUCAUGCUGCUGAACUUGGGGAUGCUCAAAUGGUCAAAUAUCUACUAGAUCAGAAAUGUCUCCCUGUUGACUGCAGAGACAAGUAUGGUCAGACUCCAUUAAUGUUAACAGCAGAGUUUCCAAGAAGUGAGCAAGAUCCUGUGAGACAUGGGGAAUGGAUUGACCAUACAGAUUAUGUCAGUAAGGCUCUCAAGCUUAUUGUAGGCACUGGAGCAGACCCUACAGCAAAAGAUGUUGUUGGUAGAACAGCACUCCACAGAGCACUUGGAUGUAAGGAGAAUUUCCAGUACCUUCAGAAAAUACAUCCUAAUUUCAAGGAUGGUCUUGAUAAAAAGGGACAAUCAGCCAUAAUGAGAGCCAUUUCUGCAUUUCAAUACCACUAUGAUAUGCCCCAUGUGAUAAAACUUCUAGUGCAGGGAGGUGCAGAUGUCAAUUUAUGUGACCGGGAUGGAAAGACAGCUUUGUGCCUGGCUAUAGAGAAAGAUGCUUUUUGGGCAUUGAGGGAACUAAUAGAGGGUGGAGUCACUUUAUCAUCUUGCAGAAAGGAUGAGCUUACAGAUAUUCUCCACAUGGCUGUGUGGCGCCAUCAAGAUGAGUUAGUCACAAGAUUGAUUGCUGCUGGAGCAGAUGUCAAUAGCAAAGAAAGAGGGGAAGCUGAGAAGUCAACAUUACAAGGGCACACAGCUCGAUGUUUGGAACGCAGUGUAUUGUCAUAUAGAGGAGAAGGUUUGAUUGAUACAGAAUUUUCUGGCAAUUCCCCACUGUUCAAAUCUCUUGAGUCAGAGAAGACAGUCACUCAUUUGAUUGCUGCUGGUGCAGAUGUGAAUUUCAAGGAUGACAAUGGUUGUACACCACUGCUUGCAGCUAUUCACAAGGAGCGUUUGAAGGCACUGGACCUUUUGCUGAAGGCUGGUGCUGAUCGAAAUGCAGUGGAUAACUGUGGUGUGACAGCUCUUCACUUGGCUGCCAACUGUCGGAAGGUACCACCUCAAGUCAUAGCAUUUGCUAAAGAACAGAUUGAACAGGGUAUGAGACUAGACAUCAUGGAUCAUCAGGGCAGGACACCUCUUCAUUAUGCUGCACUGACUGGAAAUCACAGAGUUAUGAAACUCCUCAUCAGUUUGGGAGCCAAUGUAAAUGCUUUAGAUGUCUAUGGUAAGACUCCCAUUGUCAUGCCAGCCAUACAUUCACUUAAGGACUGUAGGUUGGUGAAACAGCUACUGAUUAAUGCUGGAGCUGACUUAACCGUAAGAGAUAAACAUGGCAAGACAGCCUUACAUACAUCAUUUGAGAAUGAUAAUAUUGAAAUCACUAAGUUUCUCAUGGAGAAGCAUCAACAAGAGAUUGGUUGCGAUAAUGAUGGUAAUAAUAUCCUACAUUGUGCAGUCAGAGCGCGAAGAGAUGCAAUUGGCAAAGUGAAGUAUAUACUGAAUAAAAAACUUACUACAAUUGAAGAAAAGAAUGAAAAUGGAGAGACAGCUCUAAUGUGUGCUGUACAGUUGCCUCCAUUUCACACAGAAAAACAGAGUUUUGUUCAAAUACUAUUGACAUCAGGUGCUAGCCCCAAUGCUAAAGACUCACAAGGGAAGACUCCUCUCCAUAUUGCAGCUGCAGAGGGAGAUGCAAAGACCAUGGAAGCUCUGAUUGCUGCUGGAGCGGAUGUAACAGAGAGGGAUUUAAAUGGUCGGAUGCCUCUGCACUGGGCAGCUCAGUCCUACAGUGCUGAGGCAGUGGAAUUACUGCUGAAUGAGAAAAAUGAGCAACAUGAAAUGGUGAUCAAUCAACAGGACAAUGGUGGGCAGACCCCAUUGAUGCUUGCUGUCAAAGAAAAACAGUCUGUAAAGUUAUUGCUAAAAGAAGGUGCCAAUGUUAAUAUGCAGGAUUGUGCUGGAAGAACAGCACUCCAAGCAGCAAUUGAGUGCAAAAAUUUUGAUGCAAUGAAGCUACUGCUGAUUGCGGGAGCAGAUUUCUUACCUGCUCAGAGGGAGUAUCAUGUUAGAGCAAUCCAUUUGGCUGUUGCAGCAGGGGAUACUAAGAUACUGGAGCACCUGAUUUCAAUGGGAAUGGACCUUUUAGACUGCUGGUGGGACCCUGAACACAAGACAACUCUGCUACAUGUUGCAGCUGAAACCAGUGUGGAAAUGUUGAAGCAGAUAUUGAAUGUGAGGAAAAGUGUAGACACCUUUGAUAAUGAAGGGUACUCUGCCUUUCAUCGUGCAGUUCUGUCUGGAAAUAGUGCGGUCAUCAAAUAUUUUUUAGAAGAGAUACAAACUCCUGUGGAUCAAAGAGAUGCAAAAGGGAGGACAUCCCUCAUUCUAGUGGCUGCAAGUGACAAUUGGCUCCUAAUGGAAUCAGCAGUUCCAGACAUUUUGCUUCAUGCAGGUGCUGAUGCUAGUGCACAAGACAAUGAAAAUAUAACUGCUUAUGAUCUGGCACUUCAGAGCAGGAAUCAAAAAUAUGCAGAUCUUUUAGAAAUGGCACAACACCUUUGUUAAUUUCACUGAACAGUGUAAAGCUGGUGGUGCAUAAUUGCAUCUAUGUAAUGUGUAUGUGACUUCUUAACAACUGGCUAAUGGCUUCAUAUUGACAGGGUACUUAGAGAGUUGUUACAUGGUACAAAGUGCACAUUUCAAGAUUACAGGAUAUGAAAAAUGCAGUCUACAGUCUAUAAGUGAUAUAAAUUAAUUGUAUUUGAGCGAAAACAAACCAUUGUUCUCCAGAUGCACCUUUGUUCAUUGGACACUACCAGUAAUCCAAAUGAAGCCAAGUUUUUUCUCUUCUAUUAAAACUAAUACAAUGGAUUAAAUUCAUCCAAAAUCAUAAACUUGGUAAUUUCACCAUGGUUUUGUACCCAGACAGUUAACAUAUCAUCAGGUCUAUGUUUGCUUCCUCUGUGUGUGAUUAAAAUAUUUCACUAAGCAGUAAAGUUUUAUAAAUAAACGCAUCUUAUGGAGGCAUUUGUCCCAAAUUCGUAAGAAGUCUGAGUAGUCUAUUUAUCAUAAUGAAUAACAGUGAUGCUAACCUAGUUGUGAUCAUUUAUAAUGUCAGUCAUAUCCAGUGAGACAAGCUCAUUCUUCAAGCAACUAUUUAUAUUUUGUAACUGAACCUGGCAUAUUACAAUCUCAUCCAAUAUCAUACAUUACCUUAUAAAUAAUUAGACACCACCUGCAUUUGUGAUAAAGUGCCUUGAGCGACAUUGCAGAAGGAAAGAAAAGGGUGUAAAAUGGUGAUGACAUACUUUUCUGAGUCAGUGCUAUCGACAGAACACAAGAUACUUCAGCUCCAAUUGAGUGCAUUUUGAAUGGAGUUCUGGAGUAGUACUCUUUCAA